AGUAAAGUUCAGCUCAGUCCCAGCGCUGCUCCGGCUCUUCUUCUUCUACUGCUGCUGCUGCUGCGCUUGUACCUUAGGGGCUGAUACCCGAGGCCGAUCGCCUGUGUCACGGACUAGUUGCUGCCGCGGCGGGACACAAGCACCGGGCAAAGGCGGCUCUUUGUAGGGCAAAAGUGAGCGCACCCAAGUUGCAUCUUGUCCAUAAGCGAGGGGAAGAGAAGUCAGCGAACUCCUGCUCUGGGUCAGGGGAUUUGGAGUCUGCCAAGCUCUUUAUAUUGACCUCGCCGGGACCUUCCUGGAAUUACUGAUGAUCGCAGCAGAGUCGCGGGGAAAUCGCAAGUGUGACUGAUGGCUGGCUGCACUCCGCGCUACAUCGCAUUCUAAUCGAAAAUCGGAUUUUGUUGGAUUUUCUAUUCUCGUUGCCGGCUGCUUCCUAUGAGGAUCUGGAGAGGAGAUGGGGGUGCAGGCUGUGUUUGGGCUGUGUGUCCUGCUCCUGGGGAUGCCGUGCUGUGACGGCUUACAGUGUCGAGGUGCCAGUGAGCCAUGUUUAAAUGAAGGAAGAUGUAUCACCAGUGAUGACGGCUCUGCAUACUGCAAAUGUCCAGAUGCAUUUGUUGGAGAAUACUGCCAACUGCAAAACCCUUGCCAAGAAACCGUAUGCCUCAAUGGAGGCAGCUGUAAAGUCAGCCCUGACCUCUCUAAAGGCGUGUGUACUUGUGCCCCAGGAUUCAGCGGGGAGAACUGCAAGCAGCCCGUUGCCAGCGUCUGCUCCCUCACUCAACCUUGUAUGAAUGGGGGCACCUGCCGUCUGCUUACCCUGGAACACUAUGAAUGUAUCUGCCCCUUUGGAUGGAGAGGAAAAGACUGCGAAUUCAUUGAUGCCUGUGCCUCCCAGCCAUGCGCCAACGGCAGUACCUGUUUACCCAAUGAAAACCAGUAUAGCUGUACUUGUCAGGCUGGAUACACCGGCCUCAAGUGUGAAAUGGAUGUGAACGAGUGCACCUCACCGGGGUUAUGCAAAAACGGAGGAACUUGUGAGAACCUUCCAGGGUCCUACAGGUGUCAGUGCCAUCCGGGUUACAUUGGUCAGCGCUGUGAGAGCCCCUUCAUCCCCUGCUCUCCUUCUCCAUGUAUGAAUGGAGGCACCUGUCGCCAGACUAGUGAAUUCGCCUAUGAGUGCAACUGCCUGCCAGGCUUCGAUGGAAAAAAUUGUGAAAGCAACAUAGAUGAUUGCCCCAGUCAUAAAUGCCAGAAUGGUGGAACCUGCGUGGAUGGGGUGAACACAUAUAACUGCCGGUGUCCUCCCCAGUGGACUGGCCAGUUCUGCACAGAGGAUGUGGACGAAUGCUUACUCCAACCCAAUGCUUGCCAAAAUGGAGGAACCUGCACCAACAGCAAUGGAGGCUACAACUGUGUCUGUGUAAAUGGAUGGAGUGGGGAUGACUGCAGCCAGAAUAUCGAUGACUGUGCCACUGCUGCCUGUGCCAAUGGGUCUACUUGUAUUGAUCGAGUCGCUUCCUUUAUUUGUGUUUGCCCAGAGGGAAAGAUUGGACUCCUCUGUCACAAAAAUGAUGCUUGCUUUAGUAAUCCUUGCCAUAUUGGCUCUUUGUGUGAUACCAACCCUCUGACUGGACAAGCCAUUUGCACUUGCCCCCCUGGGUACAAAGGGACAGCCUGCACAGAAGACAUAGAUGAAUGCUCUCUGGUUAACAGUAAUCCAUGUGAGCAUGCAGGAAAAUGUGUCAAUACUGAAGGUUCCUUUUACUGUGAAUGUUCCAAGGGCUUCACUGGGCCCCGCUGUGAAAUGGACAUUAAUGAGUGCCUGUCUGAGCCAUGCCAGAAUGAUGCCACCUGUCUGGAUAAAAUCGGAGGCUUCACAUGUUUGUGUAUGCCAGGUUACAAAGGAAUACACUGUGAAAUUGAGGUUGACGAAUGCCUAAGCAACCCCUGUGUGAACAAUGGAGUGUGUGUUGACAAAGUCAAUCGCUUUGUGUGCAUUUGCCCUCCAGGUUUCACAGGACCAGUGUGCCAGAUUGAUAUAGAUGACUGCUCUAGCACUCCAUGUCAGAAUGGCGCCAAAUGCGUUGAUCAUCCAGCUGGCUAUGACUGUCUUUGUGCAACAGGCUUCACAGGAGUUUUGUGCGAAGAAAAUAUCAACAACUGUGAACCACCUCCUUGUCAUUAUGGAACAUGCCAAGAUGGCAUUGACUCCUACACGUGCAUUUGUGAGCCUGGCUAUAUGGGUGCCAUAUGCAGUGAUCAGAUCGAUGAAUGUCAUAGUAACCCUUGUCUCAAUGAAGGCCGUUGUGUUGACCUCGUCAAUGGGUAUCAGUGUAACUGUCUACCUGGAACAUCGGGGCCAAGAUGUGAGAAGAAUGUUGAUGACUGCGCAAGCAACCCUUGCACUUACGGGAACUGCGUGGAUGGCAUAAACCGCUAUGACUGUGUCUGCUCCCCAGGAUUUACAGGUCCACAGUGUAAGGAUGACAUUGAUGAGUGCGCUUCAAGCCCCUGUCAUAACGGAGGAACGUGCGUAAAUGAACAGAACAGAUUCCGCUGUAUCUGUCCGGAGGGAUUUCGCCAGCCCAGCUGUUUUUCGCAGGUGGACGAAUGUGUCAAUAACCCGUGUAUCCACGGCAACUGCACAGAUGAUGUCAAUGGGUACAAGUGUCUCUGCCAACCAGGCUGGAACGGCAAGAAAUGUGAAGUGGAUAAAAAUGAGUGUCUCUCCGACCCCUGUCAGAAUGGGGGAACAUGCGAUGAUCUGGUGAAUGGAUACAGAUGCUCCUGCAAGAAAGGGUUCAAGGGUUACAACUGUCAGAUUGAUACCAAUGAAUGCGCUUCGAAUCCGUGUUUGAACCAUGGGACCUGCAGAGAUGGGAUCAACGGUUACACGUGCCACUGUGCUCUGCCUUACACCGGUACAAACUGCCAGAACAUUCUGACCCCGUGUAGCCCUGAGCCGUGCCACAAUGGUGGAAUUUGUCAGGAAUCUGAAGAUUUCAAAAGUUUUAGCUGUCUAUGUGCAACUGGCUGGCAAGGUCAGAGGUGUACUAUUGAUGUUGAUGAAUGUGUAACCAACCCCUGCAGAAAUUAUGGUCGCUGCCAAAAUACUAAAGGCGGAUACAAAUGCCAUUGCCCCGACGGCUUCAGUGGAUUCAACUGUGAGAACAAUAUUGACGAUUGCCUUUCUAAUCCGUGUCAGAAUGGAGCUUCCUGUUUAGAUGGAAUCAACACUUUCUCUUGUAACUGCCUGGCGGGUUUCCAUGGGGACAAGUGCCAGAGGGAUGUGGAUGAAUGUGCCAGCAACCCUUGUAAAAAUGGAGGCUCCUGCACAGACUACGUCAACAGCUACACGUGCAAGUGUCAGCCGGGAUUUGAUGGAAUCCACUGUGAUAACAACAUUGAUGAAUGCACGGACACGUCCUGCUUUAAUGGUGCUACCUGCGUGGAUGGCGUUAAUUCCUUCUCCUGCCAGUGCCCUCAGGGUUUUACAGGACCAUUUUGUCUGUUUGAGAUCAAUGAGUGCGGGUCACACCCCUGCAUUAAUGGGGGCACUUGUGUGGAUGGAAUGGGAACAUAUCACUGCACUUGUCCUAUUGGCUACAGAGGCAAGAACUGUGAGGAGUUGGUUGAUCUAUGCAAUGGCUUUCCAUGUAAAAACAAAGGCAUCUGCAAGCAAGUGAAAACAGAACCCAAGUGCAUUUGCCCAACGGGAUGGACCGGUAUUUACUGUGAUAUCCCUGAUGUCUCUUGUGAAGUGGCAGCAUCUCAGAGAGGUGUGGCGGUGCAAGAUCUGUGUCAGCAUGCUGGUGUUUGCAUCAAUACUGGCUUCAGUCACCGUUGCCAGUGCCGACAAGGCUACAUCGGCAGUUACUGUGAGGGAGAACUGGACGAGUGUGCCUCCAAUCCGUGCCAGAAUAGCGCUGCGUGUGUGGAUCGUCAUGGAGGAUAUGAGUGCAAGUGCUUGCCAGGGUACCAAGGAGUAAACUGCGAGUAUGAAAUAGAUGAGUGCCAGCUCCAGCCUUGCCAUAAUGGUGGGACUUGUGUUGACUUGGUGAAUCAGUUCCGAUGCUCCUGCCCUCCAGGAACACGAGGUGCCCUCUGUGAAGAAAACAUAGAUGACUGUGCUCCGAGCGCCGAGGGUCCGCACUGUUUCAAUGGUGGAAGAUGCAUAGAUCGAAUUGGAGGCUACAGAUGUGAAUGCCUCCCUGGGUUUGCAGGGGAGAGAUGUGAAGGGGAUGUGAACGAAUGUUUGUCCAGUCCUUGUAGUUCAAAGGGAAGCCUGGACUGUAUUCAGUUGGCCAACAACUAUCUUUGCAAGUGCAAGCCUGUAUUUACAGGUCGCCACUGUGAGACGAUACAGGAUUUGUGCCCAAGUCGACCUUGUCUAAAUGGUGGGACGUGUGCAGUUGCUGUGAAUAUGCCUGAAGGAUUUACCUGUCAGUGUCCAUCGGGCUUUUUAGGUUCUAAAUGCCAAUACAGUAAUAAUACAUGUGAACACUACAAGUGCAAAGUUGGGGAAAACUGUAUUCAGACUCAUAUGGGACCAAGGUGCUAUUGUCCUAUGGGGCCAGCUGGGUAUGCAUGCCAAUCGAAUUUGGGCUGUGCUAGCCAGCCCUGUAAAAACAAUGGCGUUUGCCAGAGAAAGGCUCAACCUCCUUUUUAUACGUGUCAUUGCCCCAAAGGAGUUGUUGGACCCCAAUGUGAAAUUCCCAUUGAGACUGAUCGAUGUCACAAAUACCAGUGUCCUGAGAAAGCCCGAGAUGGGUAUUGUGAUCAGGAGUGUAACAUACACGAGUGCCUUUGGGAUGGUGGAGACUGCUCUUUAACAAUGGGAGACCCAUGGGCCAACUGUUCCUCCUCACUGAGAUGUUGGGAAUAUUUUAAUGGGCAAUGUGAUGAGCUGUGUAAUACUCCUGAGUGCCUGUUUGACAACUUUGAGUGUCAACAAAAAGAACCGAUCUGCAAGUAUGAUAAGUAUUGUGAAGAUCACUAUGCAAAUGGUCAUUGUGACAAAAGCUGUAACACAAAAGAAUGUGGUUGGGAUGGACUAGACUGCUCUACAGAUAGACCUGAGAACCUUGCUGAGGGUACCUUGGUGGUAGUAGUGCUGAUGCCCCCAAGUGAACUGCUAAAAAAUUCCAGAAAUUUUCUCAGGGUCUUGGGCAGUAUCCUUCGCACCAACCUAAGAAUCAAGAAAAACCCAGAUGGGAGCUACAUGGUGUUUCCUUAUUUUCGAGAAAAUGCAAGCAGCCAGCGUUCACGUAGAUCUCUUUUAAAGUUACGCGUAAUCCGGGAGCUGGAGCAGCCGAUUGGCUCAAAAGUCUCAUUAGAAAUUAACAACCAAGAGUGCGUCAUGGAUUCUGAUCAGUGCUUUAAAACGUCAGAAUCAGCCGCUGCCCUGCUGGCGGCCCAUGCUGUACGCGGAACACUCAAUUACCCCCUGGUCUCCGUGGAGGUUGAAAAUGCUCCAAUGUCGCACCAAACACUGAUGUACAUAUUGCCCGUCACAUUGGCCAUAAUUAUAGUCAUCCUUCUAAUGGUUGUGGUACUGGCCAAAAAGAAGCGCAAACAUGGCGCCCUUUGGUUCCCAGAAGGUUUCUUCCUGCACCGGGAGAACAGCAACCAGAAACGCAGAGAACCUGUUGGGCAAGAUGCUGUUGGAAUGAAAAAUCUAUCUGUGCCCAUUGUGGAUGUCAAUUUACUGGAUUCUAAUCAAAACGAUCACUGGUCAGAUGACCGAGGACCUCAGCCCAAGAAAUCAAAGUCCGAAGGUCAGGCUCUUCUGUUGGGAGGAGACGACCAAGUUGAUAGCCGCCAGUGGACACAGCAGCACCUGGUGGCUGCAGAUAUUCGGAUGACCCCAUCAUUGGCUCUUACGCCUCCUCAAGCAGAGCAAGACAUUGAUGUCAUAGAUGUCAACGUGCGAGGGCCAGAUGGCUGUACACCUCUUAUGUUGGCCUCACUGCGAAUGGGAAGUCCACAUCUAGAGGAAGAUGAUGAUGAGGCAGAAGAUCCAUCUGCUAAUGUCAUUACUGACCUGAUUUAUCAGGGAGCUUGUCUGCAGGCCCAGACGGAUCGUACAGGAGAAACUGCUCUGCACCUGGCAGCUCGCUACUCAAGGGCUGAUGCCGCCAAGCGCUUGCUGGAUGCUGGAGCCGAUGCCAAUUCUCAAGAUAGUAUGGGGCGGACCCCUCUACAUGCAGCAGUGUCAGCUGAUGCACAAGGGGUUUUCCAGAUUUUGAUCCGAAACAGAGUCACAGACCUUGAUGCGAGAAUGAACGACGGUACAACCCCUCUCAUCUUGGCUGCCCGUCUUGCAGUGGAAGGGAUGGUUGCAGACUUGAUAAAUUGCCAGGCUGAUGUUAAUGCAGUGGAUGACCAUGGUAAAUCAGCACUUCACUGGGCUGCUGCUGUAAACAAUGUUGAGGCUACAAUGGUUCUGCUAAAGAAUGGUGCAAAUCGGGAUAUGCAAGACAACAAGGAGGAAACACCCUUGUUUCUUGCUGCAAGAGAGGGUAGUUUUGAAGCAGCUAAAAUGCUUUUGGAUUACUUUGCAAACCGAGAAAUCACUGACCACAUGGAUCGUCUUCCCCGUGACAUUGCCAAGGACAGGAUGCAUCAUGACAUUGUGCGUCUGCUGGACGAGUAUAACUUAGUUCACAGCACACAGGGACAGCCUGGUUCCAUGCUUUCAAAUUCUCUUUCACCAGCAGUCUGUGGUUCCAACAGAUCUUUCCUUAACCUGAAACAUGCCGCACAAGCCAAAAAGACCAGGAGGCCAAGUGCCAAAAAUGUAGGACCUCGAAGUCUUCCAAACUUAGCCAAAGAACCAAAAGAUACCAAAAACAGGAGGAGGAAAAAGUCAGAUACUGACAAUAAAGGGCAACUUUCUGAAAGCUCGGUAACAUUAUCCCCUGUGGAUUCUCUUGAAUCCCCCCAUGCAACUUCAUCUCCUACCAUUACAUCUCCUGGAACUCUGCAUACGUCCCCUGGACAGAUGCAUGCCACAUCUACAUUGCAGCCACCACACACAACUAUGUCUAUGACUAACCUUCAGUCCAUUGGUUGUGCAGCCAAUAAUAUGCUGCCUUCUGUUGGACAGUUAUUAUCACAAGCCGCCCAAAAUAAUGUUCUUGCUGGACAAAGACAGCUCAAUCUGUCGUCUGAUUGGUUAAGCCGCAUGGAAAGAAACAACACCCAGUAUAAUGAAAUGUUUGGUUUAGUCCACCAUGAUACAAAUAACCACUCAUGUAUUCAACAAAAUGGGAUCAUGCAAGCAGAUAUCAAGCCAACGCUGCAUAUGGGUGUGGCUAGGGAUGCUUUGCCACCGAUUAUGACUUUCCAGCUUAUCCCAAAGAGUGGAAUGAAUCAGCAGACACUAGUGCAGCAGACAAGUCAUGCUCAGAAUGUGGCAGGCAUGUAUCAGAUGCCAGACAGAGCACGGAUCACUGGCUCUUCUGUUCCCAUAGCAAUGAUGCAUCAACACGAUGGACAGUUAUCUCAAACUAUGCUCACAUCUUAUCAUCCCCUUCAGAACCCAAUGGGAAAAUAUCCAACCCCACCAUCACAACACAGCUACGCUUCCACUGAUAAGACCCCAAACCACAACGGACAUUUACCAGGAGAGCAUCCUUACUUGACCCCUUCACCUGAAUCUCCAGAUCAGUGGUCCAGCUCCUCACCUAACUCUGCCUCCGAUUGGUCAGAUGUAACUACAAGCCCGACUCCUAAUGGCAGUCAAAGAAUGCCCGCCACACAUAUGCCUGAACAAUCACACAAUGGCAUGCAGGUUUAUGCAUAGGACAUUUGUGUUUAAUCAUUGAACAAAUUGGAGGCAAUUCAUACGUUCAGUAGUUGCUUCAUCUGUGGCAUCUGCCUAGAAAUUUCUUUGUACAAAACAGGUACCCAUUUCCGUCGCAGGUGCUCUUUUUAAUCAAAUAAUAUAAGGGUUUGCUUAUCUACAGAAUUUACAAAAGCUUCCCUUCCGAACAAAGGAAUUCGUACAAUGUAUAAAAAUGGAAACGUUGCUCAGAUCCAUUUUUCAACAUCUGGGCUUAAAGAACAUUUUCAGUGCCUUUAUUGAAGACAAAGGUCAGUAGUCGGAGCAUGAGGUGCCCCUAGAGGAGACACGCACUUCUCACAAUGACGUUUCAUUACUUUUCUUGCAAACUGAAGAUCAAAUCAUUAAGAAAAUCCACUUUCAUUCUAGGUGCGACAUGUAAAUUGUAGUCACGGAGGCAGGGGAGGUCCUUUCAGUCCCAUUUCCAAGGGAUGUAUGUGUAUAUAUAUAUCUAACUACAUGUUUAAAUGUAAAAUAUCAUUUGAAAUGCCGUUUUGUACUCUCAGCCUUUUAAGACCAGUUUAUGUCAAUAUUCCUUUUAUAACUUAUCCAGCUCAUUCCACUUUGAAUGCUGUAUUUAAAAAAAAAAGUUGACUUUUGUUUGGCAGCAGAAAUAUUAUAGCAACUCCUGUGCCCAGGGGAUUGUGUUACAGUGUCAUGUGAUGGUUCUGGACAGGUUUAUGUAUAUACGGACAUGUCAAAGUGAUGCAGAAAUAUAACAAGCAGCAGCCGACUUGCGUUUAAUAUGAACGUCUGAUCUCUUCUGCUUUUUUUUUGUCUGUUACAAAUGCUGGUUAUUGUGUGUUUUGUAAAAAGAAAAGGACUCUUCCAGUACUUUGGCACGGUCUGAGCAGUUGGAAGCAAGCACUUAGCCAAACAAAGCCUCCUUUUCGUCUUCCCCUUUCUGUUUUCUCUGCCAAAAGCACCUCAUACGGGAAACUCGACUCUGUUUUUCUACAUAUUUUAUUUUCUACGGUUACUUUAUACGGUGCUGCAUUGUCCCUUAAUAUGUUCAGUUUCAAUAGCAGAGCACCACUAGAUAUAUGUCAUAGGAAGAAGAGAAACGGCAUCAUUAGGUUAAUAUGUGACCUCAGAACUUUCCUGAAUUUAAUUAAACAUAGACAUGGGGCUUCACAGGGAGUUUUACAUUUUCCCAAUUAGUUUUGUCUUAAAUUUCAUUGCUAUGAACCCAGCUGAGUCUUUUUUUUUGUUUUUCCUCCAUCGCUAAGAAAACUUGGUUCAGAAUCAAUACUGAAUCAGUUGUGUUAAUUCACUGAGAAAAAGAACACAGUCGGAAAGAAAAUCUCAUUGGUGCGUUCAUUUUUACAAAUUAAAAUGUCUAAAAUAACUUGAAAAAUAAAGUUGUAUAGAAGCUCGUCAGGUGUAAGCAGCUAAUUAUACAUUUUUUAUCGAUAAAUUUAAAAAAAUCUUGAGUUUGAAAAGAAAUUCAAGAACAUCUUUUCUGCUGAGAUUUUCUCACAUUACUUUUGCCUAAUGUGGAACACUGUCCUACUCUUCUACUGUUCUUGGCUUUUUUUAUACAGUAAGAAAAUGAUGGGCAGCCUGCAGCCCUCCAGUAUUGCAUUGCUGCAGAUUAAUCAGCCUAGCAUAUAAGCAAUGAAUAAGAUCCAACAAAGACCAUGUGCAUUUAGUGCAUUGGAAAUAAACCAAUCGUAAUUUCUUGCCAAACCUUACUCUCUGGAAUAAGGUUGUGGGUUAUUUUUAAAGGUAUCAGAAGAGUUCUAUAAAUAUUUUUGCUAAUCUAAAUAGUGUACGUACAGAACUACACAGAUGCCUGUCUUCUUCACGUUCGUAGAAUGCCUUGUGUCAUGUCCAAUCCAUAGAGAUCUCAUCAAGUUGACAUGUUUUAUAUGUUGGUUGCUUUAAAGGAACGGUUCAGUGUAAAAUAAAAACUGUGUAAAUAAAUAGGCUGUGCAAAAUAAAAAUUGUUUCUAAUACAGUUAGUUAGCCAAAAAUGUAAUGUAUAAAGGCUGGAGUGACUGGA